AUGCCGGUGGACGCUUACAAUGCAAAACGACCAGAGCCCAACAUCAACUACCUAACCGAUGGCAAAGCGCUCAACUCCUGUCGCCUGAAGGGAUCUUCGAGGGAAGAGGACGUGCAACGGAGUGCUGGCCUUAUCGCCCUCGGCUGCUCCAACUUUGGCCUGGCCACUAGCACGAAGAAAGCAGUGUUUCUGCGCCCACCGGCGCCCAAUGCUGACUACAGCUAA